GGGAGUUUCCAACUACGAAGUUAGAUUUCGAGACGCCGAGUUAGCAAGGGUUCACAAUUCCGAUUAUAGAGUGCGAUGUCAUCGUUCGAGGGGCGACAGCGGGCAAGGUGAAGCCGAAAGAACAAACUCGGCAAUUUCUGAUGCUCUUGUGGAUGGCGCAACUCUAGAGUGGGAAAAAUAUAGGAGAUUUGAGGAUCUUUCAGAAGAGGAAAUCAAACAACUGUCUCUCCAGUCAUACGAAGAGUACGAAAAGAAACGGAUGGAGAAAAAUGCCUGGUAUGUCUGUAGUCAGGUAGCCGAGAGAAUUGAUGAUGCCCCUGUCCUUAAAGAUUACAUCAAGAGCAAAGUAAGCGAGUCCCCUGAUGAAUUAUUCUUUUUCAAUUCUGUUUACCUCGACAACUAUCGGGGUGCAUCAGAACGAAACAAAGAGCAAGCGCCCGGUGCAGCAUACUUCCGAAAGAUCGAAUCGUUUAUGGAAGACCACUAUAUUCGUGGAGAACUUUUUAUGGAAUUCUGUCGUGAUGCCUGUAAAGAGUCAAGAGAAGAAAGUUCCAAUCUCUGUUCCUGGUGUUCUAACAAUAGAUGGGUCGGUCCAGAAACGGAAAGAAUUCCGCAACCUGUACCAGAUUCAAACAAUCCUGGACAUUUCAUGGAUAUCUAUCAGACGGAAUCGACGGGCAGGACACCAGAUGAUUACCUUCCAAGAAAAUGUAUUAAAGAUCUGUACGAGGAACAUUCUGACAGUAUCAGAAACGAUCAGGAUACCAUGAAGAGCUUCUGCUCAAAAUAUAAUGUGGAAGAGAAGCACGUCAUUGCAUAUGUUAAUCAUUUGAAGGAUAUUGAGAUCCGAAAGGACAUCAGAACAAGAGCAGCUCAGGAGCGAAGAAGGCAAGAGGCCGAACGAACGUACAAGGACUUUCAAUGGGAUAACCUCAUCGAGGGUGGCAAAGUUCAAAAGUUGCGGGUAAGAGAACUAGACCUGUAUCUCAACAAGCAUGGUUUGACGACUGUGGGUCGGAAACUUGACAAAGUGAAGGCCAUUCGAUGUCACUAUUACCGACAGAAUAAAGAGACUGUGAUAACAGAAGAACUGUCGAGUGAUGAAGAUGACGUGGAAUUCGAGGAUGAAGAAUCCGAAAGUGGAGAGGCAGAGAGCGACGAUGACUAUGUUUUCGUGGAUUUGGAUGAACAGCCUGAGAUUGGCACUUCCUCGACAAUUCAGUUCGUAUCUGACGAGCAAAUAUUUACCGUUGUGGUUCAAGGUCCAUGAGACGUAAGUACCACUAUUAAAAUAUCACUUGCAUAUUCAAAAAGUUAUUUGGCGGUGGCUGGGAGAAAAGGGGGGGGGGAUCAUGAAACUUUCCACUACCGAUAAGGGGGGAUCUCUAAAAAACCAGAUACUCUACGGGGGGAUCAGGUAAAUGCUUCGAUGUGACAACAAAAAUACUCCGACCCCCCC